AUGUCGGAGGGUGUACUUCACAUCACGGACUCUCGUACUUUCAAGAAGUAUGAGAUCCCUAUCUAUCGCAACACAAUCAAGGCUGCCGAUUUUCGAGCCCUGAAAGCGCCGAAUGCUGGUACAGACUUAGCGGAUCAGGUGUCCGAAGGCAUUCGCCUCUUCGAUCCGGGCUUCAAGAACACGGCGGCUUCGGAGUCAGAGAUCACGUUCAUUGAAAACAGCGAUGGCGAGCAAGGCAUAGUGCAAUACCGAGGCAACAACCUCGCAGAGCUUUGGAAGACCGCCGAAUUUGAAGAUUUGUCGCACCUUUUGAUCUGGGGUCACUGGCCAUCGGCAGCGGAGAAAGAAGCCUUCAGAAAGGAGCUCGUGACAGCAGCUCAAAAGAUCCCUGAUAGCGUAUCCAAAGUCAUUCGGUCAUUUCCGAGAUCUGCAGCCCCGAUGCAGAUGGUCAUUGCAGGCCUUGCAGCGUACUUGGGUGAAGAUCCAAGGAGUAUUCCAGCCUUCUCAGGCCGCAACCUCUACAACAAAAAUCUACCAGUCGCGGACAAGGCCGUCGUUCGAACUUUGGCGUGCUUCCAAGUUUGUGCUGCAUUGGCUGCUUGUCAUCGAUCAGGAAUACCGUUCACGCCCGUCGACGCCGACAAAUCAUUCCUAUACAAUCUGCUCCUUAUGAUGGGCAAAGUCGACAAAGCGACCGGAAAACCCGAUCUCGCCUUUCUCUACCACAUCCAGCGAGUCUGGGCGUUAGGUGCUGACCUCGGGCACACGAACUCCACCUCGGCCCUUCUCCUCGGCGCCUCCAGCCUCUCAGACCCGCUGUCAUGUCUGAUUUCCGCCCUCUCUUCCGGCUAUGGAAUCCUCCACUUUGGGGCCGCCGAAGCUUCUUACAAGUCGCUGGCCGCGAUCGGCAAGAAGGAAAAUGUGCCGUACUUGAUCGCCAAAGUGAAGAGGCGAGAAGCGAAGCUCUUUGGCUACGGCCACCGCAUGUUCAAGACGAUUGAUCCAAGGAUUCCUUUCGGGACGGAAAUCUUGGCCGACAUCAACUCGCAGCAUCCUCUCAUCGAAGUUGCAAUGGAGAUUGACCGUGUCGCCGGCAAAGACGAGUAUUUCGUCUCGAGGAAUCUGCAGGCCAAUUCGGACCUCUUCAUCGGCAUCGUGUAUACAGCGCUAGAAUUCGACGCCUCCUUUGUCCCGGUAAUGAUCGCUUUGAUGAGAUCAGGAGGUAUGAUGGCGCACUGGCGCGAAGCCAUGAGUCAACCAUCAAACCUAUGGCGUCCGCAACAAUUCUAUACCGGGAAAAUCGGCGCGUUGCCUGAAGAUGCACCCGGCUCGACGGCCUCAGACUGGAAGAAGGAAGCUCAUGCCAACGGAAAGGCCGAGACCCUUUUAGCAUCUUCCAUUGCCGAGAAAGCGGUAAAAGAUUCACAUGAGGAGCCGGCGGCCGCACACCAAACGCAGGCUUUGAUGGCAGAGGUGACAACACAGGCUCAGCGUUCAUCGAUUCCCGGGACUCCCCAGGUCGUACUAACCAAUCCGCAUACUUCUCAAGCUCCGGCCCCUGCAGCUACAACGCCCCUCGUCCCGGUUUCGGCACCAGUAUCUGCGGCAUCGGCCAUUGCCAGCAGGGACGAUUCGAAAACACCCCGUGUUGUCACGUUCGAGAUCCCUGCGUCAUCGGCCGCUCCCAACAAGGACGAUCCGAAAACGCCCCGUUUCGUCACGUUUGAAAUACCCGCUUCGCCGGCUUCGCACGCGCCCACUACAGUCCCGGCGAACGAUGUCACGGUGUUUGCUUUGGAAGGUUGA